CCCCCAGGGAAAGUUUUGCAAGUAAUCUACAGCGGUUUGCAAAAGAGUCACCUGUCGAGAACGCCAACACUGAACGAGGCUGUUCAUCAAGCGUGAGCGGUCCCCCCAGGGAAAGUUUUGCAAGUAAUCUACAGCGGUUUGCAAAAGAGUCACCUGUCGAGAACGCCAACACUGAACGAGGCUGUUCAUCAAGCGUGAGCGGUCCCCCCAGGGAAAGUUUUGCAAGUAAUCUACAGCGGUUUGCAAAAGAGUCACCUGUCGAGAACGCCAACACUGAACGAGGCUGUUCAUCAAGCGUGAGCGGUCCCCCCAGGGAAAGUUUUGCAAGUAAUCUACAGCGGUUUGCAAAAGAGUCACCUGUCGAGAACGCCAACACUGAACGAGGCUGUUCAUCAAGCGUGAGGUUCCUUCCAAAGGACACGAAUUUACUUCCGAGGAUGGGCGUACUGUGCAUUCGGAAAGGCGUUUGGCUCACGCUAGUGUAUUUUACCGUGUUGUCUCUAGGGACACCGAAAGCAUUGCCUGAAGACAAAGAGUUGGACAGCCAAGUGGAAAAUACUGCUGAGUGCGAAGAAGAAGACAAAAAGUUGGACAGCGAAGUGGGCAGUACUACUGAGAGUGAAGAAGGAGAACCAGACUCCCAGAGCACUCCAACAUCUCUUGCAACAGUUACUCUGGGCACGGGCUUGACCUCAACAUCCAACCCAAACGAGGAAGAGUGCGGACCUGGCAUGAUAAAGGGCUGUCUGAGCAAGUGCCCUCGAACCUGCGGGAGACCAAAUCCACCAGAGUGCAUUUGGAAUGCCUGUAUCUUUGGAUGUAUCUGCGCUAAAGGUUUCAUUCUCUCGGGCGUACCUGAUGGGUCCUGCAUCCCCGAAGGUGACUGUUCGGAGCUCCCCGAAAGCUUUUCAACAACUCCGGAUUCAUUUCGUUAGCUGACAUAUUGAACGAGUUCUCACUGUCCCUAAUAUGCAAGCGUUGUAACGGUCUCCCUAAACCUCAAGUCUCAUCUGCGAUACAAAGUGUCCUUACAAGACUUCCUUCUCGUUGGUGUGAUCUACUCAAUUUAAUUUAAUUUGAAUACGAGACUUCUUGAAAUAAACCCCGUUGGCAAAUGUAAA